AUGGUUAAUGUAUCAAAAGGAAUUUUCAUAACCACUGACCCAGCAGUAAGAGAAUUUUUAAUAUAUUUGGACAGAAAUCGUGAACUUGGACGCCCAUUUAUUAUUCAAAAACUUAGUGAUAGAUAUUUGUUGAUUGAAUCUGACAUGCUACCUAUUUUAAAGGAACGUUUUGAUAAACUUAUGGAGGCAAAUUCACCAGACCAGUAUGAAAAGCAAUGA